UAAGGAAGAUGCCAGAAUAAUGCAUUGCUUUUCACUAGUCAACAACCCAUGAAUCCAAACAACCAGAGACCAGAGAGUUUUAGUGGGAGAAAUAAAACAAGGUCAGCGUUCAAAGGAAUAAACAAUCAUCCUGACGUUGAAAGACUUUCCACGGCAGAACAUGAUAUACAAUGAAAUGGAAGCAUUUCAACAUAUGAUUGUUAGAAAAUAUGAACACGGAGGAUAUAAAAGAAAAAUAAAUGAGAAAAAAAUUAACAAAAAAUGAAAGCAUUACAGAUUUCAUUUCUCAUAUAAGAAAAAAAAUUGAACAUUUUUCACCUUCUAUUUUUAUCUAUUUAUUUAUUUAUUUAUUUAUUUUUUCGUCUGUAGGGCAACACAGUGGAUGGCUGUUUUACCACACCUGCCUCACAGGACCGGGGUGGGCUUCCCCCCACCCCAUAUCCCAAAAAUGCACAAUAGGUUCAUUAGCGACUCUAAACUGGAUGUAUAUCUGGUUAAUGAUGAAUGGGUGGUGAAAAUCCAUUCCCAUAAUACAAUUUGCAGCCGCAGUUGAACAGGAAGAAGAGGAAAAGUGUCGCACGCGCGGUGACGUCAUAUGUCCGCGACACGUCAAGCCGCUGGCAUUUGUCAAUGACAGGUUGCGUUUGUUUUCCAUGUAUUGUUUGAUAACUUGGAUGGUUGGAACAGAAAACGGGGGAGCAUGCAUAGAGCCGGAUACACUGUGUUACACGACUGGACAAACAAGGCCAUCCCGGUGAUUCUACGGCGGAGUUCAAAAAGCAGAGCGUUCCUGUGGAGCUCACGCGAUUACAGUGUGGUUCCGCCCCCUCGUGACAAUGCAGAGAAGGAGAUGCUUGACCGCAUCCUCCGUGUGGACCAUGCUGGUGAAUAUGGUGCCAAUCGCAUCUAUGCCGGCCAGAUGGCAGUGUUGGGCAGGUCUCGUACUGGAACUCUCAUCCAGGAAAUGUGGGAUCAAGAAAAGAAACACCUUGAGAAAUUUAAUGAAAUACUUGCUGAGAGCAGGAUUCGGCCAACAGCACUGUUACCUCUUUGGAAUAUUGCAGGCUAUUUAUUAGGGGCCUCAACAGCAAUGAUGGGGAAGGAGGCUGCCAUGGCCUGCACAGUGGCAGUGGAGGAGAGCAUCUCAGAACACUACAACAGCCAGAUAAGAACUCUAAUGGAGAAGGAUCCCGACAGAUAUACUGAACUAUUAAAAGUUUUGAAAGAGUUCCGAGAUGAUGAGAUGGAGCAUCACGAUAUAGGAUUGGAACAUGACGCUGAAUCUGUCCCCGGAUACUGGCUACUUAAAAAUGCAAUCCAGUUUGGGUGCAAAGCUGCAAUUUAUGCUUCUCAACAUGUGUAACUUUGUAUAUAAAAAAAAAUAAAUAAAACUUUGCAUGCAUGGUAAGGUAAUUGAAGACUCUAAUUUGCCCGUUUGUGUGAAUCUGAUUGUGAAUGGUUGUUUGUCUCUAUGUGCCCUGCGAUUGGGGGGCAACCAGUUCAGGCUGUACCCCACCUCCUGCCCGAAAAUAGGCUCCAGCUACCCCUCCUCGCAAUCCUUGUGAGGGUAAGCAGCUUAGCAAAUGGAUAGAAGGAUGGAUAACACUUUGCUUGUUUUAAUACGUAGAAUGUCUUUGCAGUUCCAAUAUCACAUACAGUUGAGAGACAUUGAACUAUUUGUGAAACGUGAAUUAUUUGGAAUUACCUAGAUUUCUGCAUGACUUGGCCAAAACAUGUGAGCUGACUUUCAUCUAAGGUAAAAAAUAAUUGGACACACUUUCGGCCAUCAGAUACACAGCAACCUCUGAUAAAGACAUGAAAGUUGAAAUGAUGCUGUUAUUUAUACAAAAAGUCAGCUCAAUCUCAAUGUCACUAUUCCAUCAACCGUGUAGACCAAGUCAUAUCUGAGGGUGAUUCAUGUUUGACACGUUUAAAAACAUUUUGCAAUGUUGAGAGGGUCACUUGCUGGCUCUUUUCAGUUUGUUCAUUGGAAAACAAAAUUACCGUUUGCAAAAUAACCAACCUGUGGACAUGCUGUAGCUUAUGAAGUGAUGAGUUUCCAAGCAGCUUUAGAGUUAAAAGUCCACCAUACGGUGCCACCUAAGACAUUUACAAUGAUCAGAUCUGAGCUCAUCUCUUACUUUGUUUUACUAUGACCGCAUGUUUCAUUAUUACCUUUAGAACAUGUAUAGACAUCCUCUUUAGAACUUGUUUUAUAUACUUGAUUUUAUGAACCAAUAAACACGGCACUGUCUAUG